CCUCUGACGUCACAGCAGCGCAUCCGCCCGCGGACAAACAGUCAGCUGAUAAUCGGGACAUUUGAGUGAAACAUUAUCAAACAGCUGCAGCGGACAGACAGACGAUGCUGUGUGUGUUGGUGUGUGUGUUUUUGCUCUCCGGUCCGGCAGAAGCAGCCCGUCUGCUCACAGACUCUCCGAUGCCCACCGACGCUUUGAUGUACGAGAGCAGCUGGACCCUGAAGUACACAUGAACAUUUCAGAGAUCAUCAGGCGGUGGGGCUACCCUGCAGAGGAGCACGAGGUGGUGACGGAGGACGGAUACAUCCUGACCGUCAACAGAAUCCCACAGGGACUCAAACCCACCACAGGUGUGCGCCCGGUCGUCUACCUGCAGCACGGCCUCCUGGCUGCGGGCAGUAACUGGAUCACUAACCCUCCUAACUCCAGUCUGGGCUACGUGCUCGCUGACGCCGGGUACGACGUGUGGCUCGGAAACAGCCGAGGAAACACCUGGUCCAGGAAACACAAGAACCUCAGACCGGAGCAGGACGAAUUCUGGAGGUUCAGUCAUGACGAGAUGGCUCUGAAGGAUCUCCCGGCUUCUGUAGACUACAUCCUGAAGGUGACGGGUCAGGAACAGAUCUACUACAUCGGACACUCUCAGGGGACCACAAUAGCAUUCAUGGCGUUCUCCUCGCUGCCUGACCUCGCCAGUAAGAUCAAACUGUACUUCGGUUUGGCUCCUGUAGCGACCGUCGAGUUCACCGAGAGCCCGAUGACCAAACUGUCUGUCCUGCCCGAGUUCCUCAUCUGGGACCUGUUUGGUAAGCAGGACUUCAUGCCUCAGAGUCACAUGAUCGAGUGGUUUGCGGAACACGUGUGUGGGAAGACGAAGCUCAGAGAGCUGUGUGGAAACAUCUUCUUCAUCCUCUGUGGCUUCGACGAGAAAAACCUCAACGUGACUCGCACUCCAGUCUACACCACACACUGUCCUGCAGGAACCUCAGUGCAGAACAUGGUCCACUGGUCCCAGGCCGUUCACGGAGGACGGCUGAGUGCCUAUGACUUUGGAGUUGCAGGAAACAUGAAGCACUACAACCAGUCCACCCCCCCUGUGUACCGCGUCCAGGACAUGAAGGUCCCCACCGCUCUCUUCUCGGGGGGACAGGAUACGCUGGCGGACCCCAAAGACGUGGCCAUCCUCCUCACUCAGGUGACCAACCUGGUCUUCCAUAAGCACAUCGAUCACUGGGAUCAUCUGGAUUUCAUUUGGGGCUUGGACGCUCCAGAGCAGAUGUUUCCAAGCAUCCUGAAGCUGCUGCAGGAACACCGCUAGAGGGCGCCAUACUUACUCUGUGUGUUUGUGUGUGUGUGUGUGUGUGUGUGUGUGAUACUGUGAUCAUGUGCACACCUAUAGUACAAUUAGGGUACCACAGCUUUAUGUGAAAGGGGAACAGUAUGAACAACUUUUAAGGUUUUAAUAAGUAAAUUUAACAAGUGCAUUUUAUAGAUGUGUGUGUGUAUGUGUGUGUGUGUGAGAGUGUGUGUGUGUGUGUGUGUGUGUGUGUGUGUGUGUGUGUGUGUGUGUGUGUGUGUGCGCGCAUGACUUUACUUGAGUUUUCCCAUUUUAAGCCACUUCGUUUUACUCUUUCUUCACGUAUAUGUACUGUACUUCAAUCAGGGUGUAACGAUACGCUCAACUCACGAUACGAUUUUUAUUCCAAAAAAUUAGAUUGAAGUCGAUUAUUUGGAUAAUCAGGAUUCUUUUAUUACAACUCUUUGGCAGUAAAAUGGUUAAUAUAUACAUUUUAUGUUACUUUUACGCCUCUCUUCUUCAGCUACUGGCAUCAAUCAAGAGAAGCCAAAAGCAUCUACGCCCUCUACUGGUUAAAAAUGAGUAUUGCAUUUUUUUUUGUCUAAUCGAUUUAAAUCGUCCUUUAUUUGUUUUUAUUUUUAAAUGUAUCGAGAGGUAUCGUUACACCCGUAUACUUCAGUGUUAACCAGCUCUGUUCUGUAAACUGCUGAGCUCAGAAACAAAGCUGCUGUCGGAAAAUGUUUGUAAACAUUAGACAUGUGAAUUAUUUUAAACUUUUUAGACACUAUUUGUUUUUUAUUAACUCUAAACUGUCAUGUGACCUGCAGAAACACGAAACAGUGUCACAGCCUCAUUAAAUAUGUGUAGGUUUGUUUUUGUGUUCAACCUGUGAGGAAUCAAACUUUCUGCUGGAUGUCAGAACGUCUUUUAUUUUAUUUUAUUUACUCAAACACAGUCAGUUUGAUAACAGUAGCACUUGAAGGCUGUUUGAGGAACUGCAGUGUCAGCUCCGAGGCUGCUGAUUGGUCGAAACUCAGUUUUAGAUUUAGAUGUUAAAAAGUGGAUUGAUAGCAAACAUGUUAAUCUGACUGAAAUCCUACUUAUAUGAAUUUAUUAAAGUUGGACUAACACACCUGGGUAACUUGGUUGGGGGUCGAUUUACUCUUCAAUGUUUACACCUCAAUCAGACCCAAACUGGAAUGGGCGUUCUGAGCAUACUCCAUAGAUCCCGUGCAAGGCUUUGACCCGGAAGUCUACGAGCAUAAAUAUGUAGAAGAAAACAAGACGAAGAUAUCAACAUGGAGAGUGUUAGCGGUUAGCCGCUUGCUAGCAUGUUUGUCGAUUGUUUGGUUUGUGACGUUAUAGGUCAACAGGGAGAAGGUCCAGAUAGGUAUGAGCUCAAAGGGAGUGUAUCCAAGACCUCAGGAAGUGCGCCGGCCGUUAAAGACAUUUUUACCUGGUGGUCGAUCCUGGUACUGCAGCGUCACGUGAUGCCAUUGGGCCCAAAAUAGACUUUUUCCUGUAAGCUAAAAUUCAUCAUUACAUCCUAAAAGUUGUAAAAUGCAACUGAAGGCAAAUCAGGGAUAUUUUUGUCGACAUAAUAAACGCAGAUCAGAGACUCAAAGUGUUCAUGCUCCAUGGUCCCAGAACGCGGAAAGGUCCGGGUUCUUCUAAACGCUGGAGUCUGACUUUUUAUUCUUCAUGGGUCACUGAGCAGCUUUCAUAGGAAUGAACGGGUCUCCGCCUCCACCGCUGUUUCCACAUCCAUAAUCGUCCCUGGGUGCUCGUAUGCUGAGAAAAGUACGGUAGAAGUAUUAAAUGGACUAAUCCGGCUGUCUCUGUAGCUCGAGUGUUUUUAAGUGGUGUAGUUUAAAAAAUUGACGACUGAAAGCCCUAAAGUUACAAGAAUGCUAAAGUUAGCAUUAGCAUGGUAGUUUGCUAAUGGUAGCAAUCAAAAACAAUGAUACGACUUUAAACAACGCCACCAAAUAUAUAGUUAUGUUGAUAUAAAGACCUGUCAGUCAUUUGGAGGGACAGCAGCAUCCAAUCACGCAGGUUGAAUUGAGGUGGGCGGGGCUAAUGUUUCUAAACAUUAAGAUCACCGACUGUGGCUUUAAAAUAAUAUCAGCAACGCAUUUUAUUUUGUUUCAUCUGAUGUGUUUGUUAUGAAUGUGAAACUGAUUUUAAUCAAACUCUUCAUAAAUAAAUCUCAAUUAUCGAAAA